GGCUGUAACAGUUGGCUAGAAUACCUAACUGCAUCUUCUGGCGGUCCAAUGGAACCCGACACGAUGGGGCCACAACCGACCACGGGCGAAGCGGGAGAAGAGUACAGGGCAUCGCCCGAUCGAGCACUGAGGGAUCUGAAGGAACGAAUUAGGCAAGAAGCACCGCUGAGAUGGGCUGACCAAACCAAUGACGGAGGGUCCGACGUAAGAGGCGAACCAAUUGCGACAGAGCCGCAGGAGGCUCUAAGGACAGGUACCUCGAGCGGACGACGAGGAGCGACGAGGCAGCGCUCCCCCGAGUACGAGCGGAGGGACACCAUAGCGGAUAGGCACAGAGACGACUGGAGAGAGAGUUUGAGGGAUUCCUAUUGGAGGGACAGAGAUAGAGACAGGGCGCCGCCCAGGCGAGUCUUCGACCCCCAGACACGGGAGUCACAUCCGCUCCCUUACGAGAGCAAGGACCGCUAUAUUAUUAUGAACAAGGUCUCAGAGCCUCCUACCUUCAGGGGCUAUGGUAUCACAGAAUAUCUGGACAAGUGGGAGCUUCAUGCCAGCCGGAGUCAGUGGUCGGAGGAAGAGAUUAUAGAGAACUUCCUAUUUAAUGUGGACCCAAGUCUUAGUAGGGAAGUUAAGGAAGCUCGACCGAAGGAUGGGAAAUGGACUACGUACAAGAAGAACCUCGUUGAGCUUUACAAAUUGGAGGAUAACAAGUAUUCCAUCAASGACCUURAAACAAUGACUCAAGAUGAAGAUGAGAGCGUGCGGGCAUUUAGGAUGCGUUUCCAAAAGAUCUCCGACGUGCUGAUGAAGAAGGGGAAGAUCUCAGAGGUCGAGCGCUGUCCUAUCUUCAUCGGACACUUGUCCAAAGGUAGGCGAAAGAGUAUACUUAGAGAUCUUCCGCACGACAGGCUUGAUUUUCCAGAAGUCCUAAAGCUCGCGAUAAAGGCAGAGGCAGAYGAUUACAAGGACUUGGUGUGGAGAGGGAUGAGGAGACGUUGUGAGGAAACCCAGGGAGGGGUCGCCUACUGCUCGUUGAAGCCAGGGGCAGCAGCGCCUGUCACUCGCCGUGCCCGCUUCCGAGGUCCUCAACGAACGGCAGGGAACUUGGUAGGAGACACCCUAUACGAGAGGUCGGGUCGAGAUGGCUACAGAGUAAGUAGAUAUGAGAGAGGAGAUUGGGACUGGGAACGACAAGAUGGGUCACGCGGACGGUUUGAGCGCGGGGGAGAUGCGAGAGAGUGGCGCGAUGAGUUGCGGGGAUGGUACAACCGAGGGGACCGACGCGAUGAGUCACGAGGACGAUAUAACUCGGGGGACAGCCGGGAUGAUUCGCGAGGGCGAUAUGACCAAGGAGGGUUUGGAGGAGACCGGCGCGACGAUCCGUGCGGUCGGAAUGAGAGAGGGGGAUAUGGCGUCUCAUCAGAACCAUUUCCCAAGUCGCCUGACCCCAAGGCGGCCAGGAGUUCGAUCUCUAGAGGCGCAGACGACAAGGCAUCUACUCCGAGGAACUCAUGCGUCUACUGUAGAGGACAAGAUCAUAUCAAGAGGGAUUGCCCGAACCUCAAAUGGGCAAUAGAAGAGGGACUUGUCGUGCUUGACGACCGCAAGUACGUCAAGUGGGCAGAUGAUCUCGGAGAUGUAUCGAUGUUCCCUUCGAUGAAGGAGAAUGUCGAAGCAAGGAGAAUAAAGACGAGUAAAGGAAUGGAGUCGGUCAGGAGCCAGAGCAUCAAGAUAACCUUUGAGGGGGAUAUCGCGACCACACCCAUAAGGGUGGUAGCCACCAAGUCGGUAAGAGGAUCUACAUCGAAGAAGACUGAUACGGAUUACGUGAUGGCGGAGAAGGACGGACAGCGGGUCGAUGGAGAGGAGGUUAUCCUUUCGCCGCGAAAGCGGGGAGUGAAAAAGUUCUUAAUGAAGAGUUCGUUGGACGAGAUUGACACGGUCGAGCCACUGAGGCGGGCUCUUCGGCAACCCAUGCAGUGCUCUAUUCUGGAGUACCUGGCGGCAUCGAAGCCGGCUCGUGAUGAGUUACAGAUGAUCACGCGGAAGACUCGCAUACCUCUAUCGGAGGAGGGUCAGACCCCUAAGGCGGAAGCUUCUAAAGUAGCAGUAACGGGGGUGACUGCCAGAGCGGAUCGCAUGACGACAGUCCUUCUCGAUGGGAUGGAAGGUGUGCCUCCAGACAAGUUUUAUAUACUUGGUAGCGGGGCCGUGGAGACGAUUAUAAACGAUGAAGCAGUACUCGAUGCUGUGGUUGAUAACGGCAGUGAGGCUGUCAUCAUAGACGAGGACGAAGCGGUACAAGUUGGACUGGGCCUCGAUAGGUCAUACCUAUUCGAGAUAGAGACGGCUGAUGGGAGAAAGCAACWGAUCACUGGGGUUUGUCACAAGGCAGCCAUAGAGGUCCAAGGGGUGCGAGUAAUCCUGCCUGUCUUUGCAGUCAAGAACUGCAGCUCCGUCCUGCUCUUGGAUCCGGCAAAGUUAGAAAAACUCCUAAACUGGUCGUCGCCGUUACAUAGCCCCACCGAGGUCCGGCAGUUUCUGGGAGUGGUCGGUUACUGGCGUAUAUUCAUACGGGGGUAUGCGGAGAAGGCUAAGCCACUGAGGUUACUCCUUCGAAAGACUGAGAACUUCUAUUGGAAUUCUUCGCAGGAACUUGCUAUGCAAGAACUUAAAGACGAAUUUAAGGAAGGAGGACGCGUGUUGGGUGUGCCAUUCUUUGACGAUGAGACCGAGAGACCCUUCAUGGUAUCCACGGAUGCUGGACCAUGUUCAGUAGGUGGUUUGCUGUCUCAGAAGGACGCUGGAGGGAAGAGUAGGACACUUAAUACUGCUGAGCGUAACUACAGUCAAUUUAAGAAAGAAGUGUUAGCUGUUCUCCGGUGUCUAGACACGUUCAGACACUAUAUCUAUGAGCGACGGUUCAUCUUGAGAAUAGACCCCACCGCGGUUGCCUCUGUCCUCCAGAAGGACUUUAGUCUGACGGACCCGACCAUCGCCCAAUGGUUAAUACGGAUUCGGCUAUACGAUUACACGGUCGAGAGAAUAUCUGGUACUAAAAAUGCUGUGGCAGAUGGACUUUCACGUAUCCCUCUCGAACGUCCGAUAGUAGCUGGGGCUCUGACAAUGGCAGAUCUGAGACGCGCAGAGAGAUUUCUAGUUAAUCUUUACGAGGGCAAGUACCGAAUGAUCGGACUACACCUGACGGGAGAGGAGAGUCAAGAUUCAGAUAUCCGGAGGCAAGCAGCCCAGUACUGCCUUAGAGCGGGCCACCUUUUCCGAAGGCCAGUAGGGUCGGGAAUGCCCUUGCGAGUAGUCUGUGAUCCUGAGGAGAGACAGACGAUAGUUGCGGAACUUCACGAYGGGGWAGUCGGAGRACACAAGGGAGUUAAAGGAACCUACGAAAAGAUACGCCGGUUGUACUGGUGGGAUGGACAGUAUAAGGACGUUGAGAGGUACMGUAUGACAUGCGAAGAGUGCCAGAARAGAGCUCUUGUGAAAUACAAAGAGCCACUUYAUCCAUCCUAUCCGACCAGACCAGGAGAGAAAGUACACAUCGAUCUAGUGAAAAUGCCGAGAGGGGUAGGCAAUAUGAACUACGUCGUGAACAUACGAGACGAUUUCACUGGGUUCGUGGACGGUAGACCUAUGAGGAGUAAGGCGGCAAAGGAAGUAAAGAACUUUGUCCUAKAAUACAUAUCUAGGUAURGUUGUGUCARCAAGAUAGUGAUGGACAGAGGRGCGGAAUUCCUAGCCGACGAGGUCCARAGCGUGUUUAGSAGAGCCGGUGCGAGAGUUUCGAUAGCCACCRCCUAUCACCCACAGUCGAACUCCCCAGUAGAGAGGGGACACCAGACUCUGAUAGCGUCACUGUCCAAGUGGUGCAAGGGUAAGGACAGUGAUUGGCCACGAUAUUUUCGAUACGCGAUAUGGGCGGACAACGUCACGGUCCGGGCUAGUACCGGAUACCCACCGUACACCUUGUGGUUUGGACGACAUUGUCCGCUUCCCAUAGAAUUUCACGUCCACAGCUGGACAACCAUCGACUGGGCAGAGGAGAUGUCCAGAGAGGAACUCUUAGCAGCCCGAACGAGACAGAUAGCCUACGGGUUGGAAGAUAACCUCAUGACCGCAGCUGAUCGUCUGGCGGCAGAAAGGGACAAGGGUAAAGAGAGAUGGGAUAAGAACGUGCGAAUCAGGAAAGAGAGGGUAAGCGUAGGAGAUAUGGUUCUUCUCUACGAUGCAGCGCUGGAAAGGACCUGGACCGGAAAGCUUGCCAAUAGAUGGAUGGGACCUUAAAGAGUGGUUGAGGCACUUGACU